AUGAAACCUAAAGAACUUCUGGAAGUCUUAAGGAAAAAUAGUGAUGCUCAGGUAAAGUCUGAGUUUGUUUGGGCAUUGAGCUAUCAACUUAGUAACUCUUUUACUAAAAAUUCUAAAGAGAUAAUAAACGAAAAUUUGAUCGACGAAAUCAAUAGUAUUAUUGAAGGAUCAGAAAAUAAACUCAAUCAAACUUCUGUAAUCUUUUUAAAUGAUCAAUUACAAAGACAUUUCUUCGGUAAUCAUUUAGACUAUCGGCAAAGUUCUUAUGUUCGAAUAAAGACAUCAGCUAAUUAUUUGAAGAAAAUGCCUCAAAAAUUUGUCACAAAAAGUCAGCAAACAGUUAAGAUUAAACAUAAAAACACCGAAUCAGAAGAAUCAACUGAUAAAUUAAAUUCGGUUAAUGUGUUUAAGAAUUUAAAUAAGAAAAUUACGAUAAACUCUAACAUAGAAAGUCUUCCAACUAUACCAGAGCAGGGUGGAAGUGACACAUCAAUCUUUCGGAAUACCUAUAAGGAAGUUGAGCAUCUUUAUAACACAAUAAAAAGUGGGAAAACAUUGAAGAAAAUGGAUAAGGAUGUAUACCUACCAUCCAAAUUUAUAGGACCUGAGAAAAAAUGGCUGCCUGAAAAUGCAUAUUCAGCAAAAUGUUGUAUUGUUCCUACACAGAGAAUGCUUUUUCAAUAUGUAUAUAGUAUCUUACUACCGCUAUUUAUAGAUAGAAUGAUUGCCGCUAUAUUUCUUGAAAUAUCAAAAAACCAAAUGUUGCAUGGAGAUGCUAUAGUAGUACUAAUGGAUUGUAUAGAUUCUUUAGAUAAUGUAGAAAUAAAAAUUUUUGGUGAUGCUAAUAAAAAAGCAAAGGCUGCCAAUGACAUUGCAUCGUAUAAUCAUACAAGAAAGAAUUGGAAAAUUAUCAAUACUUUAAUGAUUCCAGCGAUAAUAAUAUUUAAAUCUGCUCCAGAUAUAGUUGCAAAUGCGCUACAUGAAAUCAAUGAAAAAGAGACUACAGAUCCAAGAAAGAUAAUAGAAAUUUUCUCAUCUCAAAUCAUUCAAAUCAGACUCGCAGCAAUUUCAGCUAUUUAUAAUUGUGCUCGAAGAAAUAGCGCAAUUUUAAACGAAGGACAAUUGAGAAAGAUUGAAAAAUGUCUCGUAGAUGAAGAUAUUGAAUUCCGUGAAUUUAUAAUAAAAAUAUUGCAGAUUAGUAAUGAUGCAGAUUACAAAAGUGUCUUCGAAAAAUGUUUAGAAAACAUAGAACAAAAUGUCAAUAUCGAUGUUUCAAUAAACUAUGUAUAUCAACAGAGCGAGGUUGAACAGAGAUGUCAAGAAUUAUUCAAUCUAGAUUUAAUAACAAGAAUAAGUGAUUUAUUCAGAGACUCUAGAUUAAAUGCAGAAACGAAAGCACGUUUUUGUUUGAUUAUCAAUAAUUAUCUUGAACAUAGUUAUACUAAAGGUUUGAAUGACGUUCAAUUAGAAAAUUAUGUUUAUUUCAUAAAUGAUCCACAGGUUAGUAGUGAUUCAAAAGUUAAAGCAUUGAUAUCCAUAGUUUUGACUGCUGAAAAAAAUCAUCUGUUGCCUGAGUUUGUUAUUCAAACUCUAAUUGAAAAUAUCAACAGUAGCGAUGAUAAAUUUGAUAAUUUUAUUAUUGUCACAUUGGGAAUCGUUUCUGAAAAACAGAUAAUAACAAAGAUUGAUAAACUGUCAAUUAAAUUAUUAGAUGACUGGAUUAUAGUUGGAGAAGGAACUGAUAUUACUUUUGAGCAAAGCUCAAAAGCUACCUAUGAUUGUCGAUCGAUUUCAUCCAUAGUAGCUCAGAUCUUUGUCAAGUCUUUGCAAAACAAUGUAAAAAUCACCGAGGAAAGUCUUGAAUACCUCGCUAAGGCACUUAAUAGUAAUGAUAAACAAACACGCAUUUUAUCAGCAAAAUCUCUAUAUUUGACUUCAAAGACUCAUCGUAUUAAAAAUGAUGUUUUACUUGAAUUAAGAGAACAUGCAGAAGAUAGAAUACCUGAUGUUUCUGUCUACUCAAUCGUUGUAUAUGCCGAUGGUUUAGCGAAAUUGUCAAAAUCAAAGCAGCCAAUUAUGAGAAGUCAUAUUGAAUUUUUACCAACAAUUUAUGUAUUCGAAGAUUUACAGUUAGGCGAAGAAAGUUUUGCUGACAAAGUCAAUCAGAAUAUUUUAUAUGUUUUGUCGAAUGAUGAUAAAGUUGAAAAAUUUAAAGAUAAUGUAUUUCAAAUUUUUGACCAUAUUUUAUUGUUUGAAAAUCGUCAUCAAGCAGACGUAAUCGACAUACUUCGUCAUUAUUCAGCGGCGAGACAUCCUAUACCAGAGAGUACAAUUUUUGCAUUAGAGCAUGUAGUUGAUAUACCAGAAUUUUCUAAUAAAGUUUUAGAAGUAUUUGAAAACAUGAUUAAAAACAAACAAAUCGUCAGUGAUAAAAUUCUUCAUAUUUUUGUCGAUACACUUUAUCUAUCUGACAAUGAACAACGAAGAAAAAAAUCUUUUCAAUUACUCGAUACAGCUAACGAUAAUCAAGAUAUAUCAGAUAAAAUAUUUGACAUAUUAGAAUUGGAAAGAGCUGCUCUUAAUAUUAGUUCACGUUCUGUGGAUAGUGAUUAUGCUAUUGCUUAUUUAGAAACAAAAACAAAAGAAGGUAAAAUACUAACAAUUAAUGGAUUUAUAGAAAUAAAUAAACAAAUCGAUAAGUUGUUUUUACUUGUUGACAAAAUCUUGAAAGUUUUACAUAAUGUUUCAAUUAAUGGACAAAUAAUACCUAAUGAGUUAGUUGAUAAACUUGUAAAAAAAUUUGAUCCCGUACAACAACAGUAUUAUUUGAUUAAAAUUUUUGAAAAUUUAGUUAAAAACAAUCAAAAUAUUCCAAGUGAACUCUCAUUGAAAUUGGAGAAAGCGUUAGAAUAUAAAAUUAUGUAUGAUCAGGUACUCUUCAUUUUUGUUCUUCAAGGACAAAAAGGAGAAAACUUAUCACCAAACAUCAUUUCUAAAAUUUUAGAUAAAUUUUCAAGUCUAGAUAAUUCAUUGAUCAUGCAACAAUACUUAUCUGCUAUUUGUUCAGUAAUUAAAAAAGUAGACUGUUUUGAAUAUGAUUCUAAAAAUUCUUCUUCAAAAACACAUUCUCAAGUGUUCGACAUUAGUUUAAUCGAUCGUGUUCAAUCAGCUUUAAUUCAUGCUCUUGAAACGGGUAAUCAAGACGUUAUUUGUAAAAGUAUCAGUGGAUUUAGCGAACUUACUUCACUCGGUACAGUUAAAUUACAAGAUAAAAGCAUAGAGGUUCUGCUAAGUCUAGUAACAAAGACCAUCUGUGAUAAAAGUAUGAAAGAGGAAAUUAACAAGAUAUUAGAUAGUUCUAAGCUAGAACAGGAUCAAAAAUGUAUACUUGAACUCUGUAAUCUUAAGUAUGACUCGAACGAUCAAUUCCUAGAUAUUUUAGCUAAGUUUGAUAAACCUAAAUUACUAGAACAAAAUUUUGAUCAAAUAAAUUCUAUAAUUGAAAAUUGUCCAAAGUUGAAUAGCAAGGCAUUGGACAUUCUGCUUGAGUGUUCGAAUAAGAAAGAUAUUCCGGAUAAAUUGUUAAAUAGUAUUCGUGUUUUACUGGCGAGUACUAAAUCGGCAACGAUUAAUUCAUUAUGUUGUCGAUUGAUACAUGAAAUGACUGAAGCAGAAAGAAAACUGACGGAUGAUAUUAUAUCACUUAUUUUUGUUCAAGAUAAAAACGAAAGACCAUUAGAAAUCUUGAAAACAAUUUCUAGAAAUCAAACUAUUUCACAAGAAUUGAAAGAUAAAAUAACACUGUUCUCAAAAAUAGAAUCGACAACGAGUAUUGACAUCACCAUUCUUGAUGAAUUUUUAAAUAAUAUACGACAAGAAUUACAGAAAAAUCAAACACUUUCUCAUGUAUCAAUUGAAAAACUAUUUUUAAUUCCAAUUUCGAUGAAUCCCAUAGAAAAUAGCUUCAAUAUAGACGUCGAACAAAAAUUACUCGAUAUCUUUGCUGAAAUAUUAAUAGAAAAUCCUGAUUAUUCUUUAAAUCAAUCGAUUGUUGACAGGCUAGAAAUGGCUCUU